CGCGGGUUCAUCCUCUUUAAACAGCGGUGCUGGCAGCAGUGGUGGAACUGGCGGGACAUCUAGUUCUAGUAGUACUUCACCAAAUAAUCCAGCAAAUUCGCAGCACAGUUCUACUUCCGGUACGCAAACGCAACCGAAUACUGCUGCGCAGCCAAACAAUAACAAUCAGGUACCUCCUCUUCUACUUGUACUUCCGGGGCAGGUUGUUGCGCCUUCUCCGCCCCCCGCCCAGCAGCCGGCUGGAAAUUCUAUUGGCGUUCAGGUCGGCCCGGGCAGUUUUCCUCCAACCGAAGGGUCCGCCGUAUCGCCAACUAAUGCUGGUGUUGGCAACAACGGUGUAGGUGGAACAUCGAACGGGGACAUGGACGACGAUCACCAACACGACCCGGCUGCAGCGACAACGACGCCACCGAUUGGGAAAAGACCCUUUCCCGGCGACCAUCCAGUCGACGUGAUUUUCCCACCUUUUGGCGACGGAGGUUCUCCGCACUCCAAACACUGGAUGAACCUACUACAUUACAUCUACAACGGGAGAAAUUUCAUUUCUCCGGACUACGAUCCGGAGCAAGAACGACUGAAAUUUUACGAAAACUGUGCCUGGGGCAGUGGGUUCGCCCUUUUGGUGUUAGGAUUCUGGGUGGUCGCGGAAAUCGGAAGCCGCAUUUUGUAUCCGCAAGGGGGGCUGCAUGGUACAGACGUCGGGCGAACGAGCAAUCUGGAAAACAACUCGACGCGCGCAAUAGAACGAACAGGAGAUUCAGCAAUAAAUCAAAAUCACAGCGACAAGAUGAACAGCAGAAAACCUGGCCUGCACAAGCCUCCGAAGCUCGUGAAGAAAAAACCGCGACCAGCAACAUCGACGCUGGAGCACGAGGAGGACCUUCAGCGCGUCGAACAAAUCUCCUUGUUGCCGCCAGCUGACGAGCAAGUACAACCGGCCGCCGCCCCUGUUGUGACAUCCUCAUCACCACCCGCUGGUGAGCCUUCUCCUGGUGAGAACCUCGAGCCACUUGCUCCGGACGCUGCAGAUACAGGUCCAGGCCGGGCGAUGGAAGGCCUGGGUCAUAGCGCGCAAGAACGACUACAACCCAACGCCAAAACGAGCGACGCUGUACUAGAAAACGGCGCCAGCACUGGUCAAGAACUUUUGCAGCAUCGUGCCCAGAUGGAACAACCUGCUCCAGGGGUGCUUGGUAACGAUUGCGCUGCAACACCCCCCGGGGCAGCCGCGCCGGUCCAAGACAGCGCACCUGCUGCUCAAGACGUGAAAAUUUUUCACGAAACGAAACGAGAUCGAAACGAGGUCGUCCAGAAGCGUCUGAACAAAAGCUCCAGGCCCGGUUUACUCGAGCCUGUGUUUUUGAAUGUGGAGUAUAACGCAGCGGCAGCGAACAAAGGUCGCGGCGGCGCGUGGAUGAAAAAGAAAGCUGCCGCUGGUUCCCCGCCCGACGCAGCGAACAAAAACCUAGCUGAACAAGAUUUUUGUUGUGCUGGCGGGACGACAGCAGGAGUAGAAGUAGAUCACCACCUAGCAAACAAGCCUGGUGGCACGAUACCAAAUCCAGUACGACAUGCACAGCCCGGACCCGCCGGGGGAGCUGGCACUGUACGGGGUAGAGGACCCGCCGGAGGGGCUGGCACUGUGAAUAGACCACCACCUGUUCCACCACACACGGGAGGUGGCAGCCGCGCCCAGCAGCCCGUUCCUGCGCAGCCCAGCCGGACACCGGCACACCAGCAAGGAGCUGGUAAUCCACAAGGGCAGCUGCAGGGGCAGCGACAGCAACAUGUCCAGCAGCAGCUGCUUCCUGGUCAACGUGUGCACCUGCAUGAUCCUGGGGCAGCACCAGGACCAGCUCAUGUUGGAAAUAAAACGAACGCAGCACCACAACCAGCGGGAGCCCCGGCGGCGGGUCCACGAAUAGAGACCCGUCAAGAGCGAGGAGAUUUCCAACAUCGCAAUCUGUUUGCCAGUCCGCCACCGAGGACGAAUCUUAACACAAAUAAUGGACCAGGUCCACCACCUCCAGGUAGAACGGUGCAGGUUCCGCUGCAGCAAAGACAACCCCAGCCAGGAGCGCAACACCACCAACAUCAACUACAACAUCCUUGGAUGGCUAACAAUCUCAAUCGCGACAGUUCACAGCGAGGACCGCACCCGCAGCAUGGUGGAGAUCCCGCAUCGCUGCAGCUGCCCGGCACCCCGGUCACGCAGGCAACUUCCACAGCACCGACUCCUGUUGUACACCCACCUGCUAAAGAACCUUCUAUCACGCCUGCUCCUCCAAAAAUUGCAGGCCCCGGUGUGAAGACCAAGACAAUCAUAGUGAAUAACGACGACAACGACAGAAGACGAGCACGAGAUCUUGUCAAGAAUAACCCCAUGAUUUCUUCCGCGACCCCUCCCUCGAUAGCGACCUCUUCUGCGUCAUCCGGCACUGGAUCGUCGGUGCCAACCUCCGGGGAAACGGAAACCCCACUUUGUUGUCCGGCUGGGACACUACAUCAAGGGAGACCUACACCGGUGGCCUAUCGGGGACACCCAGGAGGUCCAACUCCAACUCCAACAGCCAAUUAUCCGCCGAGCCAGCAACACGGAGCUGUAAUCCGUCAACAGUAUCAACAAAGAGGACCACCACCAGCGCUUUACGACGAUCAUCGCCCUCGAACCCGCAGUGGUCCCGCCUCUGAUGCGGCGAUCUUGCAUCAGCAGCAGAUGCUGGCGCAACAGCAACUGGAGCAUCAGAGGGCGCAACUACAGCAGCGUCAACAACUGGAGCGACAGCGACAAAUGCAAAUUAUUCGGCAGCGCGAGCAGGCCGAGUUUCUGAGGAGGCAGGAGGAAAUGCGGACGCUCGAGCAACGCCGACGAACGGAACCGCGCGGCAACCAGGGUGAAGCCGAUAUGCAGCAGAGGCGCACGCCGUAGUGCUGUCUGAAAAUAAGGCAUUCGCUUUGUCAACCAAACUGUGACGCGACCGCGAGUACUUUAUUCCUCACCCCCAGGCAGCUGCAGCUUUCCUAGAGCAGUAUCUAUCUGUCUUUAUGCGCUGCGAUCAUUUUCUUUUUCCUACCCGGGGGGACGAAAAGCGAUGAAUUUAUUCGUGAUUGUUGUAAGUACAUGGAUAUUACCUCAACAACUUCCUGUUCCUCACGUCUACCACACGACGCGGCUGAUGCGAAAAUAUAAUGAGGCAGCACUCCGUGUGACACUAGGGGGCCAAUUUCAUCAUAGCAAGUCUUUUACAACGUUCAUUUACUUAGAGCGGGGUAACAAAUUAAAACGAUUUGUGGUCAUCCCACUUUUCACCCACCCAGCCGGGUGGGUGGAAAGUGGGACAGAACCAGGAUCCGGACCGACUGGCCGGACCUUGCUUUUCUCCGUUCGCGUACGCGUGGAUCCGGUUCCGUCCCACUUUUCACCCACCCGGCCGGGCGGGUGAAAAGUGGGAUGGCCACAAAUCAUCUUAAUUUGUUACCCCGCUCUUACGUAUUAUAUAUUGGGAAAUACAGUUACCACACGACGAUUCUUAUGUCAAAACGAAAAGAAUGGAGAACGAACUGAAGCCUAGUCAAUCUUCCAGAGGUCAAUGGACCGCAACCGCUACUUCUGCCACUGUCUUGACACAGCUGAAAAACUUGCUGUAGCAGCCGUGGCAGUCUUUGAUAGAGCUCUACUUCAGCGUCGAUAAAGUCAUUUCAAAAAUUUGAAGAUGCAACAUAAAACGCAUAUAGUGUUGUGUUUACUCCGACAACUUACUGUAAAUAUUAAUGACGCGAAUGAUGACGAAAAGCAGCGUUAUAUAUUGAGAGCCGUACUCCUAUUUAUUUUCGUACAACCGAUAGGUGUACAUGUACCCUUUACAAUUGAUAUUAAUGACGACUGUAUUUUUAGUCGACCUGCUAGACGAACGACAUCAUCACCGGUAGAAAAAAAUAAUUGAAAUUGUAUGCAAUAAAUACAAAUGCCAACAAGCCUGACCCUAUUCCACUUGAUGUGGUACGACUCGAGAAUAUGAAUACACUACUAAAGCAGAUGCUGCUCCACGGAUGAUGCAGUUUUUGCCUUGGUGAUUCCUGCCCGUUACCCGUGUCAUGUAUUAACAAAAGCCUAAGCCUCUGCAAUUCGUGGUCCCAUCCAUUUCGUGGUUGUGCAGCCAGAAUGCCGUGACUAGCAAUUAUUCAAAAGAGCCAUGCAUUAAUGUUGAGCUAAUUACAAUAGAUGGCACCUCGCUGCCUUUGACGGGCUCCAUCGCUCCGAAACGGGGAACAACUACCCUGGCCAUGCUACGCUGCUUCAGCAUACGGAAACUUUGAGGUUCGUGUCACGAAUCUCAAAGUAGAGCAGUAGCACCGGGCGGCGCGGAGCCCUAGUGUAAUGCGGCCGCGACGACAGAUGUUGUUGAUGACAACACGCGAACCUUCAUAUUUCUAUCAAAGGUGCAAAGUAGAGUCUGUCAACAAAAUCAUCUUGCGUCGUUCGCGCAGCUCUCUCUGCUUGUUGCAUGAAAUCGUCUUACUCUUAGUGACUGUGACAUCUCCUUCUAGCACGUCCACAGGAUAAAGUCACAGCCUAAAAUUAGUGAUGAUAAAGUCCAAUAAUCGAAGCAAAAUCUGGUACGUGCCGGUGCCACAGCCUAUCGCUAUAAUUAGAGCCUCUUUUAUGUUGUAGCGGAGCAUCGAGCGCUAGCGGGGUCGCGGAAAUCAAAGUCGUUUUCAUGAUCCUUCUACGUGGGGCCGUAUUGCGACAGUCUUCACUUUUCAACUACUCCACCAUGCCUUUCCAAUUUUCUGUAGCAUUUAUUUUUCGGAUGCGCCUAUACUUCCUAGUUGUACGUUGUCAGACCAAAGAGGGAGACGACUGUAGGUUCACCAACAUUUCCAUAAUAUCGAUCUCGAAAGAACGGAGCACGAAUUAUUUGAAUGCGACCACGGCCACGGGAAACUAGCUCAAGCAAGCUGUUUUCGUUUUAGAUUAUGAUUUUCAUUGUCGGAGAAAUCAGAAUAUAAAAGUGGAGCUUACUCGACUUUAU